CGUCUUUGAAUGACGUGUGUUUUCGCCUCGCAAUACAUACGUCAAAAAUGUUUACGCGCACAACCAACUUAGAAUUAUAAAAGAGUAAAGUUAAAAAACUGUACUGUUAUUAUUUUUAUUAUAUUGCAAUUGUGUUUGAAUGAACUUUUUGAACUAUUUCAAUCAUGGACAACAAAACUUCGACGAGUUCAUCCUCGCCGCCAAAACCCCAAGUGAAAAAGGAGAAUGAAGAAGAAAUCAAGGAGUUUGCGGAGACAGCCAUGAACGAGUUGUUGGGCUGGUAUGGGUACGAGAGGCUUGAGCUACGAAGGUGGGCUGCAUCUAGAGCUCGAGACGCAGCUAGCCCAGAGCAGUCAAGUGAUCAGAAAAAUAAAGACGAAUGCUCAUGGUGUAACAAAAAUAUAACCAGCGAGAGCGGAGCCCUGCAACAGGCCGGCGCGACGUUUUGCUCCGAGCUGUGCUUCAGCCAGUCACGAAGAGCCAACUUCAAGAGGGCGAAGACUUGUGACUGGUGCCGGCAUGUGCGGCAUACCGUCGCUUAUGUUGAUUUUCAGGAUGGCGCCACACAGCUACAGUUUUGUUCAGACAAAUGCCUCAACCAGUAUAAGAUGCACAUAUUCUGCCGCGAAACACAGGCGCACCUUGAACUCAAUCCCCACUUGGUGAAUGCUUCGUCAUCCUCCAAUCUGAUUACACCUGAACUGUGGCUCAAGAACUGUCGGAGUCGCUCAGCGUCACCCAUAUCCGAAAGGUCCGGCUCUCCGACCCCAGAUGGCGUAUCUGCUAAACAAACUAAUUCAGAAAAACCAGAAACACAAAAGGCACAAAAUAGAAAAUCGCCUCUACCUCUCAUUACAAUAGCUCCUACUGCAAAAUUGAUGAAGCCGAAGCUACCUUCAGAGGAACGCACUUCAAUUCAGAAGUCACCUGAAAUAAAAAAGGAUGCGAGGAGUAAUAAAAUGAAUCUACGCAAGCGGAGAACUUCCAAGUGCUCUGCAACAAUCACAUCACAGACAGUUAAGCGUACAUCGACUCCAAAAGCUCAAGAUCUUCGCAUAUGCAGUCCAUCAAUAGAUGGAUCAUCGCCUUCUACUACUGGGAACAGUGCAAUACAUUCGCCUCCUCAUCCAGUCAACCCGCACCCUGGCCCACCACCGCAUUUCCCAAAUCCUAUGUUCGGAAUGCCAGCGCCAGUUUUCAUGGAUCCGCUAAAUGAACAUAGACAUCCAAACAUGUUCCCACCAAGAUUAAACUUUUUACCCCGAACAGGUAUACCAAUUCAUGAACGGCCUAGAAUCCCACCGCCAUUAAACUUUCCACCACCUCUGGGACAAGUUCCACCUGUGACUGUGUUAGUGCCAUAUCCAGUGGUACUGCCAAUACCACUCCCAAUUCCAAUUCCAAUACCAAUAACGUCAUUUAUACAAGCACAUUGCGCUAAUAAAGUCAAAACAGAAGUAAAAAGUGAUGACACUGAAGGACCUUUAGACUUUACAAUGAAUAGUGAUAAAAGGAAAGAUGAAGAUGUAAAUAGUUGUGAGAAUAACGCUGAGGUAUUAGAAGAUAACACUAACACUGUAAUAUCUGAAGUAAAUAAUGAAAACGAUCGAAUAGAAGACGAUGAUAAAAUGGAGACUGAUGCUACAGAUACGGGUAAUGCUGAACAAACGUUGCCUAAAUUCAAAAUAACAAGGCUAGGUAACAAAAUGGCAAAAAUUGUGACCAAACCUAGAGAGCCUUCCGAAUCUAGUAGACCUUUGAGAAAAAGACGAAGAUUGGUAGAAGUGACCACCGAGGACGAUGUUCUUAUUCCGAAAACGAGGAAAAUUGUCCAAGUUUGAACUAUAUUGAAUUAAUCAUUCGCUUAUAUCUGAUAAUAUAUUCAGCAUACAUAUCACAAACAUGAUAAUCCGAACAGAGUUCAAUAUUCAAUGAAAUUGCUAGUCUUAGGUUUAAGUGGUUUAUAAAAUUGUAUUUAUACACAGACAAAUCAACUAACUUUAUGAAAAAUAAGGUUUGAAGGGUCCCGUUAUUGGACUACUGUUUGUUAGUAUGGCACUAUAUUAUGUAGAAUUCAUCUAUUAAGUAUUUAAUAGAAUUACAUAAGGUGAACAAUUUCAGCAUCGCACACAUUCUGUUUUAGCUGUAUAUGAUAUACUAUUUAUUUGCAAAGUUAUUAAAAAAAAAGAAAUAAGAUUAAUUCAUACAAGUAACAUAAUAUUAAAAUGUAUGACAAUAUAUAUAUAAUAGAUAGAACAUAGCAACGCUUCAGAAGUUAGUGAUUUGUUAUUGUAUAAGAAUUAGAUUGCACUGUAAAUGUGAUAUUAGUAACUUAUUAAACUUCAUUGUAUGUCUU